AUGAACUCAUCAGCUCUUCUACUUAUCGUUGCUUUUGCUUGUUUCGUUGCUACUGAUGCCUUAUUGGGUAUCGGCAGAACCCAAUCUGUUGCUGUUCAAGGAAGAUUAAUCUGUAACGGAAGACCUGCCGGUAACAUCAAAGUCAAGCUCUACGAAAAGGAAACAACUUUCGAUGUAUUGAUGGAUGAAACCAAAACCAACGACAACGGCGAAUUCAGAAUGUCCGGAUCCAAGACAGAAAUCUCAACCAUUGACCCUAAGGUCAAUUUGUACCACAAGUGUAACUACAACGGGCUCUGCUACAAGAAGAUCGGAAUCACCAUCCCAGACUCAUUCGUUAGCAGAGGCGCCAACCCUCAAAAGGUCUACGAUAUUGGAACUUUGAACUUGGCCAAUCAAUACACUGGAGAAUCAAUCGAUUGUAUCAAUUAA